AUGGGGCACGGAAACCUUUCCGGUGCCCUCAGUAACAUUUGUCAGAACCUAUCCUCCGAACUUUGGCUAAACAACAGCUUUGGAUUGUGUGUUACAGAAAUUUUUAUUCACACUCCAAUAUCGAUCGUUCUUCUUAUCCUAUCCGUAGGGCUCUUGGUACCAAUGAUACCCAAUAUUUCUUUUGAACGGUUCUACUCAAAGGUGUUUUACAUCCGCAUGGGCAUUGACUUCCUUAUGCUGAUGAAAAUGGCCAUUUUCGUUGUCCUGUCCACCUCAACUCCCUCAACAACAAACUUACUCGGCGCAAAAAUUACGAUACUAUAUCUAACUGUUCAGUUAUUGACCUGGCUGGCCAUUACUGUGAAUGACUUUGUUCAUGGAAAAUCAUGUUGGCUUCAUUCAAGAGGUCCAUACGUGCUUAUCUUUUUAGAGGUAGUUUACAUGUACACGACGACAGUUUUAUUAUGGGGUGUCGUGUCCCAGCUGUCUUCCAAAGAGAACUUCGCCAUUAUUUUUUGUGUCGUUGCUGAUGUGGUUUUAAUUGCUGUGCACCUAAUAUCCAGGAUACCCAUUGUGUUUCCAGUUGAAGAAGAAAGAAGUCUGAGAGCCCGUCUGCUACGAACUUCACACAACUGGAAUCCUCCAAAGUUCACGCCCAUCUCUCGAGGCCAAGCGAAUUCUGAUAUGGUUUUUGAUGAAAAUACAAUCGUCCCUGAAGUUUCCAGCGAGUCCAGCGCCGGCUGGUUAAGCAGAAUAUUUUUCACCUGGAUAAAUCAAACCAUUACGAGGGGUUAUUAUGGGGAAUUGCUCUCGCCAACUUUAUUGCCACCGAUUUCUAAAUCCCUGGAUGCAAAUGCCCUUGGCAAAGUGUUACAACUUUCUCCAGAAACGCCACCGAAUUCCGCAAUCUCUCUUUUCAAAACCAUCUUUCGCGUUUUUGGAAAAGAAUUCGCUGCUCUUGGCUUUGUAAAAUUCCUUUUUAGUUCACUAGGCCUGGCUAGCCCUAUAUUUCUGAACAAGUUUUUGUCCGAGCUUUCCUUGGCCAACCCUUCUUCUACAUAUGCAAUCAUAUGGGGUUGUGCAUUGAUCGCCUCAAAACUCAUAACUGCCUUUCUCGGCAUUGCCUAUGAUUAUUGGAUCCCUCGAUUCGGUGUUAAAUGCAAAAUGGCUGUCACGGGGAUUGUUUACAGUCAGUUGUUGACUCAUAAGUCAUCAGACUUAUCACAAUUCAGCACAGGGAAUCUCGUGAAUCUUCUUACGUCGGAUACUGACCGUAUUGUGAACUUAACACCCAGCAUCAAUGAAUUGUGGGCCUUACCGGUUCAAUUCUUCGUUGCUUUGGCACUCUUGUACCUCCAGCUAGGGGUCUCGUGUUUGGUUGGCGUAGCCUUCCUGAUUAUUCUUCUACCAGUUAACCGUUACGUGGCCAAUCGCAUCGGUAAAUAUUCAUCGGACUUGAUGUACCACAAGGAUAUUCGCGUCAAGUUUAUUUCGGAGCUUCUGUCGAGUAUGGCGACAGUCAAACUUGCCUGUUUGGAACACCCUAUGUCUCAGAAAAUUCUUGGUGCCCGAAAGUUGGAACUAAAAGCUUUGCGGGGCCAAAAACUGCUUGACGCUUGUUGCGUUUUCUUAUGGGCUGCCUGCCCAGCUCUUUUGGCUGGCGCUACUUUCGUCACGUUCGCCGCUCUCGGAAAUGAACUCAGACCGGCAGAGGUGAUUUUUGCUUUUCAGUAUUUUAGUUUCCACGAAGUUCACAGUGAAGUUCCAAGCCAUUCACCAUUAAAUGCCUUUCCCUGGGUGAUUAAUGGUGUUAUGGAGGCACUGGUCUCAGCGCGCCGUAUCUGUCGUCUUAUUGGUCUACCAGAGUCUCAAACUCGGGAGUUAUCCUACGUCCCGCUCGCGUCUACAAAUCCCGCUUUUGAAGAUGAAAGCCAGGAAUACGAGGGCAGUCCAAGGCCUCAAAAAGAAGCGCUGUCGUCUGAUAACAGCUUCAAACUUUUCAUUUGCGCCGAACGUUUCUAUUGGGAAACCGCCGAAAAACCCGCUUUGAUCAAUGUCGAUCUGUCUAUUUCCGAGGGCCAACUCAUUGGUGUCGUGGGCCCCGUCGCCUCCGGUAAGUCGUCCCUUCUUCUAGCCAUAAUGGGCGAGCUGCAAUCACAGAAUGGCCAGGUCAACUAUAUACAUGGCAGUUCUGGCGCCAUUGCAACUCCGCGAUUUGCUUAUGUUGGUCUUACACCCUGGCUUCAGAAAGGCACGAUCAGGCAGAACAUUCUGUUUGGAGAACCCGCUGAUGUUGAGUGGUUACAGACGGUGAUUGCAGCCUGUGGGCUUGAGUUGGACCUCAAGAAACUUCCCCACGGCUUGGACAGUGAUGUCGGCGAAGCUGGUAGCUUGCUGUCCGGUGGGCAGCGAGCCCGCAUUGCCUUGGCCCGAGCCAUCUACCAACGAGCUGAUGUUUACCUACUCGACGACCCUCUUGCCGCCUUAGAUGCUCAUGUGGCGAGGGCUUUAGCAAGAACCUGUCUUGGAAGACACGGUCUGUUGGCGAGCAAAACUCGUAUUGUGGCGACUCAUCAGCCUGAAUGGCUUCUCAGUAAGGUAAUUACCACCAGUGCAUAG